GGAUCCAGGCGGUGGACGACUCCGCCCGCACCCACGGACAAAUACACCGGUGGAGCCGUGGAGGGCAACAUCGAGAGGGCGGGAGGGCGAGCGCGACGCGGGAGAAGCGGGCCGCACUAGAGAACUACUAGAAGCCUCUCUCUCUUCCUCUCAGUCCCUCUCUCUCCUCGAACCCCGGCAUCGAAGGAAGCUCCCGCCCGGCGGACCGGGAGGAUGGGUGCCGGCGGGAAUGGCCUGAGCAACGGCGGCGCCGGCGAGGCGGCGGCCGAUGGGACCACAGUGUUCAAGGCCACGGCCUACUCGCCGCUGCGCACCACGGUGGCGCUGGCGCUGUGGCUGGGCGGCAUCCACUUGAACGUCGUCCUCGUCCUCGCCUCCCUCUUCCUCCUCCCCCGCCGCAUCGCCGCCAUGGUGCUCGGCACGCAGCUCUUCUUCAUGCUCGUGCCCGUCAGCGACAAGAGCAGGCUGGGUCGCAAGAUCGCCAGGUUCAUAAGCAAGUACGUCAUUGGGUAUUUCCCCGUCACUUUACAUGUGGAGGACUACAACGCCUUUGACCCCAAAAGAGCUUACGGUGAACUUCCUCCUCUGGUGUUCGGUUAUGAGCCACAUUCUGUUUUGCCCAUCGGCUUGGGGGCCCUUUUGGACCUUGUUGGAUUCAUGCCACUGCCAAAGAUCAAGGUUCUUGCAAGCAGUGCGGUAUUCUACACCCCGUUCUUGAGGCAAAUAUGGACGUGGUUGGGUUUGGUUCCUGCAUCAAGGAAGAGUUUCUACUCCUACCUUGGAGCUGGUUAUACUUGUAUCAUAGUUCCUGGAGGUGUACAAGAAAUGCUUCAUAUGGAUCAUGAUUCAGAGGUGGCUUUUCUUAAAUCAAGAAAAGGUUUUGUUAAGAUAGCUAUGGAAACAGGUUCUCCUUUAGUUCCUGUUUUCUGUUUUGGACAGAGCUUCGUGUUCAAGUGGUGGAGGCCAGGUGGCAAGUUAAUUGUCAAGAUUGCAAGAGCAAUUAAAUUUACUCCGAUUGUCUUCUGGGGAAAAUUCGGGACGCCCAUCCCUUUUGCGACACCAUUGCAUCUGGUUGUUGGAAGACCAAUUGAGGUUAAGAAAAAUCCUCAGCCCAACUAUGAUGAGAUAAACGAGGUUCAUGAACAAUUCGUUGUUGCGCUGCAAGAACUAUUUGAGAAGUACAAGACAAAAGCUGGAUAUGACAAACUCCAUUUAAGAGUUCUAUGAUGGACGUUCCGACAUCCAGUCAUAGAGCAGCUCUCACCAGGGUUUUACAGAAUAAGUUGCCCAUCGACUCAAUCAAGCUUAGCAUUUCAAACCAGCACCUUUGCAUAUGUUGGCCGCAGCUACAGCUCAGUGAAAUGAAGCAUAUGGUUUGGACAUCUGUGAACACAUAGGAUGUAAAUUGUACAUUUCCUUGCUCAUGAAGCAGUCAAGAGUUUCUUCACCUUCUAGGAUGUAAAAAUGUAGAUUUUUAUUUUACUCAUGGAGCACUCAGAAGUAUCUUCAUUUCCUGUAGUAUGUGUUGUUCCAGUGGGGGUAGCAGGAAAGAUCAAACUUGGCAACUGGUA